AUGGAGACUAUGAUAUGGCAUCACUAUGAUUGGGAUGGCGUCUACCCUAGAUGCGCCAGAGACUGGGAGGUGUAUGAUUUCUAUCUGUCCCUCCCUGAGCUCCAAGCCUCCCUCCACGAACUCUGGGAUGACUGGCUCUCGAAGCAGCCCCCGGGCUACACCUUCAACCCCUGGUUAAACCACUGCAUAUGGGUUCUCUCCCUUGUAGAGUGCGAGCCUCUCAGGUGGUGCUACAACCGCCCCAACGCGAACAAGGAGACUUGGAACGAGACUGCUCAUCUUGUCCGUCUGCUCGUGCGAUGGCAGGUCGUGUAUAGGAUCAUGGCGCAGGCUGAAGAUGGGCCCUUGGAUGGGGAGAGCCGCAUCAUCUUUGUGCGCAACACCCUCGCCAUCGUUGCUGUCUGGGCUAAACUUCAGUUCUCUGGGCCGGCAACGAUUCGUCACGUCAGGGGGACGUUGACUCCUCCGUCGCUUCGGUAA